AAAGUGUUUUUCAGCGGAGUGGCCAGGGAAAGUUAACAUUGGACGUUGUAGGGAACAAAGGGGAGGGUCGGUCUGAGCUGAUGGACUCGGUGAUGAGAUAGCGCACAUAACUAAUCCCAUCUCCCCAUCCUUCCCCACUGGACGGACGGUUCUUUUUUUACUUUCCGGAUGAUGUAACUGUUUUUAUGACGGACUGUGUUUCGGAUUUAUCCCGACGACCUCCUCACAUUUUCCUUACACCAGACACCGAGCAGCAAACCGCAUCCUCUGGUUGGAUCAGACGGCGUCCAGGUUUCUGUGAGCGGGGCAGCUCUCCUCGGGGAAGGUGAGCGGCGGUAAGUCUCCAGACGACGACCACUGUCGGCCUACUUUUCUACCAGCGAGGGUAACGGUGCAGUCAUGUGGCAGAGGAUUCAGAUUUGUUGGGCACUGUUUGCACUGUAUUCAGCGGCACCGCCUGCACACAUCAACCGCCUGGCGCUGUUCCCUGACAAGAGCGCCUGGUGCGAAGCCAAGACCAUCACACAGAUAGUCGGGCACACGGGAUGUCAGCCUCGCUCUAUUCAAAACAGAGCUUGUCUGGGUCAGUGUUUCAGUUACAGCGUCCCCAACACGUUCCCACAGUCAACCGAGUCCCUGGUGCACUGUGACUCCUGCAUGCCGGCCCAGACACAGUGGGAAGUGGUGACUCUGGAGUGCCCGGGCAAUGAGGAGUCUCCUCGUGUGGAUAAGCUGGUAGAGAGAAUCUUCCACUGUAGCUGCCAGUCCUGCAGUAAAGAAGGUGGCCAGGAGGGGGCGGUGAUGCAGCUGUAUUCAGCAGACAACGUCCCGGACGCUCCGUCUUUAUCUGACACCCUCAGCAGUGCUCAGUCUCACCCUCUGCCACCUUCAGACGCACUCUCUAACAAGCAUGCUCACCCACACAAAGACCAUCACACACUGCCACACACAUCAGAUGGAGGAUAGGUACCAUGUUUUUUUGUCACUUUGCUCAUCUUUCACGACCUCUCUCCUCUCCUCCACCCUGCAUCCUUUGUACCAAUCUGUAGUAUUGUAAAGGCACUUUGAAAAUAUGGCUUCAGUUCAGUCAAAAAGUUAAUCUAAAGGCACACACACACACACACACACACACACACACACACACACACACACACACACACACACACACACACACACACACACACACACUCUCACAAAGUCAUGCUUUCAAAUUACACUCUAUUGUAUAUAAACACACCAGCCUAUGCAUUUUUGUUUUUUUCUGACUAAACAUGCAUAUGUGUGAAUCCAGACAUGACAUGUCUGUUAAUCAUCUGUAGUCUCUUUACUUUUAUCCGCUAUAAUGCAAUAAAUUC